UAAAAAGUUACGUAUAAUUUCAGUUCUUACAAGCUAAUCUAAUGUUAGAAUUAUAUCUUUCCGAGACCAGUAUAUUGUUCGACGUCAUACAAACAGCGAAAUUAGGAUUAAUACAUCCCAACUUGAUAAGUCCACAGGAGUUACUGAAACAAUUUUUAGAUAUUAAGAUAGGGCUACCCAGUGGUACAGACCUACCUCUGGAUUUAAAUGAAAAUAACGUACAAGAAAUGAUGCCUCUAUCAGACAUAACAAUCUAUUAUUUAAAUGACAAAGUUGUAUUUGUUUUAAGUGUACCUUUAGUAUACCAACAGGAAUUAACUCUUUUUCAGCUAAUACCGAUACCAAGUUGUGAAAAGAAUAAUUGUUUAUAUGUAAAACCUAAUCAUAAUUAUUUAGCCAUAACCAGGUCAAAAGAACUGUAUUCCACAUAUGAUAAAAUUGACCAAAAUCUGUGUAAACAUGCUAGUGGUUUCCUGGUAUGUCCUGAAAUCUAUCCUUUACAUCCAAGAAGUGUACGCCCUAUCUGCGAAGUACUUCUAUUACAAGAUCCAAAAGAGGUUCCAGACAGUUGUGAAAUAAUGCAUGUGCAACUACAGACAAACUUGUUCCAUAAGUUACAGUUCAAAAAUGAAUGGAUUUACGCUUCUCCAGGUGAAACCAUAUUCAUUACAUGCGACCAUGACAGAAGAAGUGAAAAUCAUUUUCUACAAGGAGUAGGAAUUUUAUUUAUAAACGAAACGUGUAAAGCUUACGCAACACGUGACAUACUAAUUCCGCAUAAAAUAGAAACCGAUAAUGAAUAUAUAGACUUUAUACCAAACUCACAAAUCAAAGAAUCAGAAGAGAGAUACGUAGGGUUAACAACCAAUAUAUUAAAAAAUAAACAUGUGCGAACCAAUCAAAUGUUCGAUUUGAAUAUCGUUGCAAAAUCCACAUCCGAGAUUAAGGAAAUAAUGUCAAAGAACAUCGAAACAGACGAAAUUAGAAACAGCAAAAAUAGACAUGACUAUUUAUUAUAUGUAGUCUGUGCAAUAACAAUUGUGUAUCUUUUCUUAAUCAUAAUAAGUUGUAUAGAAAAAACACCACGGUACAUGAGAAACCGCACUAUGAGAUCAAGAAGGGUCAUCAACCGGAAACCAAUAACUGAACUAGUACAAUUUCAUGUACCAGCACCAGUCAACGAACUAAAGCAAUCCAACCCAGUCGAUGACAACCCAACAACGACAAACUCCCAAAAUCAGCCGAAGGACGACGUUACUCAACCGCCGACCACAUCUCCAAACACGGGAUAUUCCGUGUAUCCACGGUUAUGAUACAGGGUAUCAUUCUAAGAGGGGAGGAGUGUAGUAAACCGACGUUUUUACACAAAAACGUCGUUCCAAAGUACAGGCGGCUACAACAAUAUCACGCCACCACAACAAGCCACUGAUGCUGCCACCGCAUUGGUUAAUGCCGAUUUAGGCACAUCACGCCAUUUCCUAUGACGUCAAUCACCCUUUCCUUAACCACGACAUGUACCAUAUAAAUAGGAGCCUUUUUUUAGAGAGGACUUCAGAGAUAGUUAAAUCUUCAAUCCCAACUUAUAGUACUUGUGCAGGUCGCGGACUUUGUAACAGCCGUAUUACCGCCUACAUCAAGUACAAAUCCCAGUUUUAGUGCUAAUAUCUACUCUCCGGCAGAAUACUUUAUAUUCUGUCGAAACACUUUAAAUUCUAAACAUUAUUCUAAUUUGUUUUAUAAGUAAUAAAUAUAAUAACUUUAAUAACUUGUGUUAAUCAACUUAUUUAUCAACCUAAAUACAAACCACUUCCGAAUCAGAGUCGACAACGUGUACGUGCAUUCGUCGUUAAAGAAGCGUGAACUAACUGCCAGGAGUACGGUCACUCCAAAUCAUACUGUGCCCACCCUCCAAGAUGCGUCAAAUGUGCUGCCAAUCAUUCUACUUCCACCUGCACAAAAUCCAAAGACGAACCACCGGCCUGCGCCCUCUGUGGAGGUAAUCACACAGCUAACUACCAAGGCUGCCAAGUCCACAAAAACCUUCAAAGCUUCCAAUACGUAUGUGAAGUUAAAGGUCAGGUUUCUCAAUACACACUUGCUGGAUGGAGAAAAGACUUGGCCUAUACAUUUUCUAAAUUUGGAGAAAUUAGACCAACAAAAGGAAGGCGAUCAAGCUCACUGGAAGUAAAAAUUAAAAGUACUCGUCCACAAUCAUUUCGACCAACAAAAGACAUAAGGACAGAUAUGAUAUCGCAUUGGCAAAAGUUGGUAGACAAACGAGGGAGAUGUAAAUUUCCAGGUUGUAAAGGGUACACAAAUACACAAUGUGAAAAGUGUCAAGUUUUUUUGUGUUAUAAUAAGACACAAAAUUGUUUUAAAAAAUUCCAUUGUACAUAAAUCAAUAAUUAAAAAAAAUUAUAUGCAUAUGUAUAAUGACAAAUAUCAAAAAGUUAUGUGAUAAGUGUUAAGUUUUUAUUUUGUUAACAAGUACCUAAUAAAGAAAUAGUUUCAGUUCAAUUAUAUUCUUUAUUUAUAUUCAGUUUUAAGUUUUUGUUAUGUUGCAGAUUUCAAA